CCGGAAGUUGCGCUCUUAUGCUAAAGGAAGAUGGCGGCUGCCAUUGGGACAAAAAGGAGCUAUAUUUUUCACAGUUUUUUUGUGCCUGUAGCAAAUUAAUGUAUAACCGGCCGCUAGGCUGUAAGAAUGAAGAGGGAAAUGAGCGGAAGAUGAAAGACUGGACCAUCCUUGCUAAUCCAGGUGUUGUUGAUGCGCUGACAAUUCUGCUUGCCCUGUUCGCUUAUCUUAAAACAAUUUCCUCAUGGUUGAUUCAGACGAUGACUUCACUGAACUUUGUUCCAAGCUUUUAAAGAGAAUAAAAAAGACCAAACCACCCGAGAGCCAAGUCUUUCCUAAAUCUAGCACUGCUAUCAAGAAAAAGACAAAGUCAGCUGCAAGCAGAAACCAGACAGGCAAUGGAAGUAGUAAGACUCAGCAAGAGACCAUCUCAGCAGCUGGUGUGGUGGAAAAAACAGCGCUACCAAAUGAGAAGUGUCUUAUUGACAGGACAGAGAGAAAAAAAGGUCCAGGGGCACAGUCAACAAGUCUUUCAAAUGGAGACCUACGGAAAGAACCAUCAUUCUGCGAUGGAGCGAGUAAUAAGACAGAAGUUAUUAAAUCCCUGGGCCAACCCAGCACCAAACAACUUGUUCUGGAAAGGAUGCAGCAGUUUAAAAGGGUGGACCCAGCCCGCAUGAAGCUGAGCUGUGAGGAGGGCUGCGAGCUGGAAGAUAUACACUCGGCCGAGGUAGCUGUCUCAAGCGAUCAUGCGCUAGCUCAGGCCCUGCAGAUAGAUCUCAGCAAGCAGCAAAAUAGUUUGGAGGAUGAGGGGCUGUUUUUCUGUCAGAUAUGUCAAAAAGACCUGACUGCCAUGAACACCUUGCUACGGGAGCAACAUGUAAAUAGGUGCCUGGAUCAGGAGGAGAGUUUUGGUGGAGCUGCAGAGAACGCUCUUGUUCCAAGCUGCCCCUUAUGCGGGAAACCAUUUACCACAGAGAAAAGCAGAGCCUCUCACCUGAAGCGAUGUGCUGCCAAGCUAGAAGUGCCAGCGCAGACUUUGUUACAGGCGGUACAGAGGCAAGCAGUUGAGAAUGGUACAGAGGGACCAGCACAUGUGCAGCCAUCACGCUCCAAGAGGAAAGCAGGGUCAAAACAGAAAGAGACCACAAAGAAGAGGAAGGUGGCCCAGCCGGGCACCAAUGUAGAAGACCUGUUGGUUGCCAUGGCAUUAUCACGAUCUCUUCAAGAGGACACAGCAGCGGCACCACUAAACAAUGGCGGCAUACAGGGUGUUCUGCCCAGCAAACAACAACCUGCACCAGUUUUAGAAAAGAAAAGUCGCAAGAAGCAGAAAGCUGGACCUCCUCCUCUCCUGCUAGUGCAGGCCCCAGAGGUUGCCAUGCAAAGAGUCCAGGAAAGAGUGGGCCUGCUGCUCAGCGAGGAACCUGAAGUCGGCAGCAUUGUUCCUCUGCCCCCCAGUCACUUCCAUGGUAUGGUUGAGAGGGCACCCUGGAGCCAUCUUCCUCGAAAUGAGAAGAUCAGUGCUCUGUGGGAUAUAAGCAACAUGAUAGAGAACAUUGAUUCGCUUAACUACUACACAGAAGAGCUGAAUCCACCAAUAAUUCCAUGGAAGCCUCCACAGAAACUGAUGAGCUCCCAGCCAAAGGUCAUGGUAGCAGCAGUGCCUGCUGGAACACCGCCAUGUAACACCUCUGGAACCAAAGAGAAGGGCAGCGUUGGGAAUGAGAAUCUAUUAACGCACAGCCAGAGGGACAGACAGGCACUGAGUGACUUGGUAGAACUGGCUGGGGAAGGAAUGACCCUAACGCAGUGGAACUUGGGCAACAGUGAAACACUGGACAGGGCAGAAAGAGAGUCAUUGGGUAACAUCACACCUAGUGGAUUUGUUCCGUCACAGCAUGAGGAAACCAGUAAGCCAAGUAAUCGCCCACAGCCCUCUGCCCCAUUAAUGGCACUGGCGACAGACUUCCAAGAGAUGGUGAAUAACCCUCACCUGAGUGAUGCUCAGCUGCAGACCGACUGCGGAGAGGUGCUGAGCGUGCACAUGUUUGUACUGUAUGCACGGUGCCCCUUGAUGGUGGAGGCGGUGCACAGUGAGGGAUUCUGGGUAGACGAAUCCAGCUCAGGGCGUGUAAAACGUCUUCUUUUAAAUGAUGUGUCUGCGGAGGCUGCAAUCUCAUUCCUUCGCUUCCUGUAUACAGCCUGCACCGAUAUUCCUUCACAUUGCCUGCCACAUGUGUGUGAGCUGGCACGCAGGUUUGGGGUGGAAAGCCUCAUUGACACUUGCGAGCAACUUCUGUCUGAGCCACUCAUCUCUAGACAGGAGGACAUAGCAGAGGAGGAUGAUGCGGGUGAGAGGGCAGAGACCUUCCAGGAGUUGCUGAAGUCUAUGUGGGUGGAUGAAGAUGAGGAGAUUCUGGAAGAUGUUAAAGUAGAAGAACUGGAGGAGGAGAGACUGGAGAGAGUAGGAGAGGGAGAACUGGAGGAGAUAUAUGAGUUUGCUGCCACUCAGCGAAGAAUUGCAGAGGAUCAGGACACAGAUGGAGGAAGCACAAGUGAGCAUGACACUCUGCAGCAAGGAGUCGAGUCUGAAGACAGCGCUGUUCGAUUUAACAUUGUAAAAGAGACAGUGCCAGUUACUGGUAUAGACUUCAAACAUCUUUCAGCCUUACAGCCACAAGACUCUGCCAUAAACAAAACUGUGAUAAUGGCUUCUCCUAACCAGGUUACAACUAAGUUAUCUCUUCUUGAUAGUUCUUCAUCGUGUCCAGCCUCUGCCACUUCUAAAUCAAAUGAUUUCUCUUUUUCGGUUUCCCCUUCCUGUUCUAGUCUGCCAUCUUCUGCUGUCUGUACUAUGCUCCAGACAUCACCUGCUCAGUCAAUCAUCCAGUCCGCUUCUCCUUCCAAGUCUACUUGUGUUAAUGUCUCUCCUGCCCACCAGCUCUUUGUUGAUUCCUCUUUUGUUCCUGCACAAACCACUUCCCCUAAAUCCCUGGAAAAAUGCCACCUCCAACCUGUUCAGUCUUCAACAUCAAUUUCUCCUAGUUUGGGAAAAAAUGCCAAGCCGGAUAUGUUUGCUCGAGAUAGCCCACCAUCUCUGGAUGAUAGCUUUGAACGGAUGUUUUCAGAGACCUGUGGAGAGUAUAUGGAGCCUUCAGGUGUCUCGGAGUCCAGUGUAACCCCUAGAUAUUUACCAGAUAAGGAAGAUGGUCUCUCAAGUUCACCUUCUCUCACUCCUCUUGCUUCUCUUCCAGAACUUGGCUGCUCACCCAAAUUCAGUCCAAAACCAUCUCGAGCAUCUGCUCAAGUCUCCCAGCAUAUUAAAGAUAUUCAAAUAAUAGAGGGUUUUACAUCUGCAUGCCUUAGUAGAAAAGACUCCAGUCCUGCCCAAGACCCCUCUUGUCACCAGACUUUCUCUCCCAACAGCUCCUGCCUAGCUAAAUCCCAGGAGCAGGAAAUCAUACUCAUCUUGUCAUCAGAUGAUGAUUCGGAAAGCAGCCACCAAGUCUCAGAUUUACCCAUUUAUAAACAGGAGAACAUUACCAGAAUAGUAGGAGUCAUAAAAGAGUCACCCAAGAGCUUUAUUGAGAGGAGGAGCAGUGAAGGACAUUCUCAUCUGGAAAUGAGCAGCAGCACAGAGACUUCCUGGCUGAUACCUGCCACCCCUUUACCAAAUAAGACAGCUAAUUCUUCUCAGUUUCAGACUUCCACUUUAAUCCGGACAGCUCAGACCUCCACAUUGUUCAGGCAAGCACCAGACCACCAAAGUCCUGUGUCACCAACACUUGCAAGUUCUCCUUUGUCACCUCCUUUACUGUCCCCAACUACUUCAGACAAGCGUUCAAUCUCCAACCUUUCUCCAAGUACCAACAUUGCUUCAGUGCUUGAAAAACUUCCAGAAGUCCAUAAAUCAAGCAGUAAUGUUCCUUCUACCAACUCCUUACUGCAUGUGUCCAGUUCCAGCAACACUGUUUUUGAGGUUUGUGACAGUGAGGAUGAGGCUCCCCUAGCACAGACCCAGCUGGAUACAAAUGCCCAUACUUUCCAGAUGGACUAUGAACCUCCCAUUCAUGUGGAUGAUGACUUGUGGUUUAAUGGAGAAGAAACACCAACCAGACCCUGUAGCUCACCAAUGGCCAUUACUUCCUCACCCAGCCAGGGUACUCCUACUAAGUGCUCAGAAAACAACAGCAGAAACACUCCUCACAAAAGAAACACCCAGUCUGGUCGCAAAGACGAUUCCUCUCAUACAACAGCAUCACAUAGCAGCCUUCUAAACCCACAACUGUGGGAGGAAUGGGAAGAGGAGGAGGAUGAGCUACCCGCCAUGCUUCCUUUAUCUGAGAGGCUGAACAAGGCACCAGAGAAGCAGAAGGAGCUGAAGACCCCAGUUUCUAUUGUACGUAGGAGGGAGCUGGCACCUAAAGUCCCUAUCACCCCAUUACCUGAAUAUUCUGAUAUGGACACCCCAGUUCUGAAGAAGGAAUUGAAUAGGUUUGGGGUACGCGCACUUCCCAAGAAACAGAUGGUGCUGAAACUGAAAGAGAUUUUUCGUUACACGCACCAGACGAUGAGUUCAGACUCGGAAGACGAAGUACCCACCUCCCAGCGGCAGCAAAACGUUUGUAGUGACAUUAUGCAGGUUCCUAAGCUUCCUACAGUCAGGAGACAACUACCCACUGGCAGCUCCCAGGCUUUGAUCACUACUGAUCCCACCACCUCCAAGAUUUCAAGGACGAAGAAUAGUUCACAGGCUCAAAAACAAAAGAAGCCGGUAUCUGUUUCUGUCGCUGCACGAGAUGUAAAUACGGGUGGAGAGCAGCCCCUGACAGCAUCUCAGGAAUCCACUGGAUCCUCAGCUUCUGCUAGUGACACUUCCCUAUCACAGAGCUCCACCUCUAAUGAGUUUGAGACAGCAUUUGCUGAUGAAGAUGACGACGAUUCGGUUGCACCUUCACAACAGGCAGGUCGCGAGGCAGCCACCGCUGAAGCCGUCAAGCUCUAUAUUGAGGAGCACCCAGCUUUACACAAAAGUAUCUUGCUUUACCAACCACUGGAGCUGGCGGCUCUACAGACCGAGCUCAAACAAGCCGGGAUCAAGAUGGCAGCAGGGAAACUGUUGGAUUACUUAGAUGCCCGUUGUGUAACUUUCACUACAGCUGCAGCUCGUAAAGAAAAGAAGAGUCGUGGUCGACGAAAAGGAGGGAAACGAUACUGAUACAAAUCAGUCCACGUUGUGCUUAAAGGGGCACGAAACCCAAACGUUUACUUUCAUGAGUCAGAUAGAGCAUAGAAUUAAACACGUUUUCAAUAUACUUCUGUUAUCGAUUGUGCUUCAUUUUUUUGGUAUCCUUUAUUAAAGGAGCAGCAAUGCACUACUGGGGGCUAGCUGAACACCUGAUGAGCCAGUGAGCAGCUAGCUCCCAGCAGUGCUGCUCCUGAGCCUACCUAGGUAUGAUUUCCAACAAAGGAUUCCAAGAGAACAAAGUACAUUGGAUAAUAUAAGUACAUUGGAAAGUUGUUUAAAAUUGUACGUUCUGUCUAAAUCAUGAAAGUGAACAUUUGGUUUUUAUGUCCCUUUAACCAACAAGAUUAAAAAGUAUAGACCCCUCUCUUGGAAAUGGACAAUACUGAAUUGUAUAAAUAAGCACCAGUAGAUAAUUCCAGGAACUUCUUUAAACAGUAAAGUAGGGUCUGUUGCAUAUUUUAUUGUAAGAUAAAAGCUUCCAAAAACAUUUUAAUAUUGUAAUGUAGAAUUUUGAGCUAAAAAAACAAAACAUUUUAUGGACGCGUAAAUUAUGAAUUUUGUUUGUGUUCCAGUUUUAUAUGUAAUAAAAAAAGAAAGCUCCUUUGUAUCUGAAA